AUAAACAACGAAUCCUAAAAAGGCUAAAGGCAAAGUAGAGACUUGAGUUACAAGCUUCGAAGAGAUAAAAAGGAUCGGUCUGACUCGUGUCUAGCAUGCCAUGGCCACACAUGUCUCUCAUGGAUCACCAUGCCUUGAUACCCCUCAUGCACACAAGCAAAGAUAAAAAGCCAGUUAUCAUAACCACCAAAAGCCCCCUCUCCCUUGCCAUUCCCCACUUUCUCAAGCACUCAAAACAAGCAGAGAAAGAAAAUUGAAGGAGUCUCAAACACAGAGGGGCUACUUACCUUUGUGCUCUUAGCUAUGAAAGUUCCAGUUCCCUCACCACAAAACAGCAGCUGCAACAACCAAUCUCAAAACCCAAAACCAGUGUCUUGCAACAACACCAACAAUAACAGCCGAAACAUCAGCUUUAACCCCAACAAUCAAAACUUGUGCUACGAACCCACUUCGGUUCUUGACCUGCGUCGAAGUCCAAGUCCUGCACGAGCUGGCAAACCGGCCUCAGCAAACGAUCCUAUUGAGUGGGAUGAUCAUGUCUUGCAAACUUUGGAUUGGGAUUCUAUCAUGAGAGAUUUGGACUUCCAUGAUGAUUCUGCUCCUGCCCUCAUCAAGAAUUUUCCACAGUUCGGUCCCUGCAGUGAGUCUCAAAUCCAAAGCCAUAACCUUCCUGAGUUCACUGCAUCUCAUCAGAUGGAUGCUACCCAGUUUCUUCACUCUGAUUUUAACGAUAUGUACAUUAAUUCUAUCCCAACUCACAAUUUGACUUCUCUUGAUUUGUCCCAUAGUUUUCAUAACAAUAUUGGAAAUUGGAAUGCUGGUUUUGAUUUCAUUCAAGAGCUUAUCAAAGCAGCAGAUUGUUUCGACACGAACGAGCUACAACUUGCACAAGCGAUAUUGGAACGGCUCAAUCAUCGACUUCAAUCACCAAUUGGUAAACCACUCCAAAGAGCCGCUUUUUUCUUCAAAGAGGCUCUCCAGUCUCUCCUUGCUACCGGAUCAACUCGGCCGCAAACAAAUCCUGUAAUCCCUUCGUGGUCCAAUAUUGUCCAAACCAUUAAGGCCUACGAUGCCUUCUUCAGGAUCUCUCCAAUCCCCAUGUUCGCUGACUUCACCACCAACCAAGCUAUUCUUGAUUCCCUUAAUGGAAAUUUAGUGUUUCUUCAUGUCAUAGACUUCGAUAUUGGAUUUGGCUGCCACUAUGCUUCUUUAAUGAGGGAACUUGUAGACAAAGCAGACUCGUGCAAUAAUCUCACGUCUCCGCUUCUUCGAAUCACUGCUGUUAUAACAGAAGACACUGUGAUUGAAACCAAAUUGAUCAAAGAAAGACUCUCUCAAUUCGCUCAUGAACUCAAGAUCAGACUCCAUAUAGAGUUUGUGCCUUUCCGUACUUUUGAAAUGCUAUCUUUCAAAGCAAUCGAGUUUGUUGAUGGAGAGAAAACUGCUGUUAUCUUAUCUCCAACAAUAUUUCGCCGUCUAGGUUCAACAAAUAAUGUUACUACGUUUGUUAAUGAUGUCCGCCGAGUUUCACCAAGUGUAGUCAUAGUUGUGGACAGUGAAGGGUGGACAGAAUCUGGAACUGGAUCGUCUUUUAGGAGGAACUUUGUUGAUUGUCUUGAAUUUUAUUCAAUGAUGUUUGAUUCCUUGGAUGCAGCAGCUAUUACUGGUGGCGAUUGGGCUAGGAAAAUUGAGAUAUUCCUGCUGAAACCCAAGAUUUUGGCAGCAGUUGAAGGGUGCGGAAGGCAAGCAGCGUCGCGAUGGAGGGAGGUAUUUGUUGGGGCAGGAAUGAGGUCAGUGCAAUCGAGUCAGUUUGCUGAUUUUCAAGCCGAGUCUUUGUUGGGGAAGGUGCAAGUGAGAGGUUUCUAUGUGGCAAAACGGCUGGCUGAGUUGGUUCUUUGCUGGAAAGAGAGGCCCCUUAUUGCUACAUCUGCUUGGAAGUGUUAGAAACAAAUGGCGAUCUAGAAGUUGAUUAGGUUGUUUUUUUGGGAUGUAAUGAUGAAUGUAUCCCAAAACUAUAUAGUUUCUUACUUUUGGUAGUUCUCUCUUUUCUGUUGGUGUCUUGCUAGAAAGAAAGAAUGGGGCUGAGUUUCUCUAGUCAUUCUCUAGGUCUCUCUUUUGUAUAAAUUGCACAGAACUUUUGCCUGUUAUCAAAAGAUCUGUAGAAAUAUAAAUUGAAAGGGAUAAUCCCAAUUAGAGAAUCAUAAUCUGCCA